CCUGGCUCGCGGCGCCGGGCGGGGCGCGGCUGCCGGGAUGGCGGACUUGGGGAGCCUGGCCCUGAGGCGCUGGAUUAGAGAGCUCAUCCUGGGGCCGGGGACGCUCUCCAGUCCGCGUGCGGGGCAGCUGCUCGAGGUGCUGCAGGAGCCCGACGCCCCCGGCCCGUCCUGGGCCCCUGACGCGCCCGACUCGGGGGCCGAGCUGCUGGUGUCUGACGGGACCCACAGUGUCCGGUGCCUGGUGACGCGGGAGGCCCUGAGCGGGUCGUGCGGGGAGGAGUUUGGCUUCCGCGGGGCCGAAGGCCGGCUCGUGCUGCUGCAGGACUGCGCGGCCCGCGUCCGCGUCCACGAGGAGAGUGCGACCGCGGAGUUCUACCUCCAGGUGCACCGCUUCAGCCUGCUGCCCAUGGAGCAGCGCCCCGCACCUGUGCGCAGUUGCAAUCAGGACCCCGACGUGCGGAAAAAGCUCUAUGACUGCCUGGCGGAGCACCUUUCAGAGUCCACUUCCCUCAGUGCAGGCCCUUCGCUGUCCCAACUUCUGGAUGACGUCCAGGAGGACCAGGACCACAGAGGGGCGCUCGUGCACCUGGCUGAGAGCUGUCUGAUGCUGGCAGGCCCUUGCACGGCACCCUGCCUCACCCGCUGGGCCGCUUUACGCCACAGGACGAUGGAUGAAGCUGUGUACACUGUCCCCACCGUCUAUCUGUGUAUAUCUGAGAGUGAGCAGCGAAUCCUGAGCUGUCUGGACCGGGCUCAGAGGCCACAGGGUAAGGAAGACUGGAGCGGUCCAAACUGGAGUACCUGGGGAUUCAGCUCCCCCAGCGCCGAGAAGCCUCCCUUGACCGCACGGCCUGAGCUGCCCCCAUCGGACUCUGCUCUUCAGGACCUGUCUCUGACCCUGAUCUCGUCCUCAUCCAGCUCCUCAGGAACCCCUGCCUUGUCCAGCCAUGCACUGACAGAAGAAAGUGAGGCCAGCGCCAGCCUUUUGACUGCCCGGUCCUCGGCUACCCCAUCCCCUACCCCCUUAGCCCCCAGGUCCCCACACCUCAGCAGUGUACCUGACUCCUUGUUCUUUAACUGCCCCCCAAGUUUCUCACCCCUUGGCCACGUCCCCAGUCCAUACCGGGCCCAAGGGACCAGGACCCAGAAAUCUAACCUAGAGUGUAAGGAGUUGGGGUUGCCUGGCAAGAACUGGCACUCCUCUCGGAGGGCAGGAGCCACCAAGGAAGCCUCAGCGUCCAGUCCUGCCUGGGACCCUCCGAGGAGACACGGCGAUGGCUCUGCUUUCCAGUAUGCGUAUGACGCGCCCGGCGCCUCCCUCUGUGCCCAGGUCCAAGCUGUGAGGCUCCCUCCCCAGCUGGUGGCCUGGGCCUUGCACUUGCUGAUGGAGCCGGAGCCCGCGCCCACCCCGCCGUGAGCGGCCCCGCGCGCGCCAGAGGACGGCACGCAGACCGUCAGCGGCUUCCCCCAAGGACCAGAGCCACGAAGGGAGCCCGGGCGCGUGACCUCCCCACUCCUCCUGUGUCCGGGCGCCCAUGGAGGUGUUCCCGCUCACCAGCAGGGGCCUGGAGCUGGUCCUCGUGCACAGACACGGCGCGUCGCCCCGCCGAGAGGGGCCUGGGCCUCAGCUGGCCAUCUGGGGGAGGUCGGGGUUUCAGGGUAGGGGGGAAAGCAGCCCCACCCCAGCCCUAACCUCCCUCUUAGGGUCCCAGAGGAGCGGAGUUCUCUGCAGAAACACCUGGUCCCCAGUCCAGUAUUCGGGUGGGGGCCAGGGUGCCCGCACACCUGCAUUCCUGGGCCCUAAGCAGGGGUCCUCGGGCAGGCCCAAGCUGUCUGGAGACGGGGUGGCUCUUCGGGGGCUGGGGCCAGGGGAGGGGGGGCCGGGGCCAUCCUGCUGGCCCCAGCCACGGCCCCUGAGCUCGGCGUUCAGCUGCUGCCCCAGCGACUUCCAGGUGGUGGGUUCGGGGCCCUGGCCCCCCGGCCCAGGUCUGCACGAGGGGUCUGCCAGGAGAAAGGGGAUGGACCCGGGCCGGGCAUGGGCGGUUGGCCGGCCCCGUGACCUCGGCCCCACGCGCCAGCCCCCCAGCACCCCCCAGCACGGCCGUGCCCGGCUCACCAGCAGAGACCGAGUGGGUGCGGGACUUGAUGGAGAUGGGCGGCGCCUCCGUGGAGCUGUCCAUGAUGUCACCUGCAGCGGGGGGCCGGGGGUCAGGCGCCGGCUUAGGCGUGAGGGUAAGAAGACCUGGGGGCGCCCCGCCCCCACGCGUGCUCCCCAGCCCGGGUCUCACUCACCGUCCGAGCCGGCCUUCUUGAUCUCGCCGUCUUUGCUCUGUAGGAACAGGGGGUCAGGCUCCAGGCCCGCCCAGCCCUCGAGUUCCUUCUCGGCCCAGGUGCAGGCUGGGCGCGUCCCCCCUUUCCUAACUGAUUCACUCCCCGCCUUUCGGCGCUUGUCAGCCCGGGUCUAGCCCCGCGUGGCCCGGAUUGUCUCGAAAGUUAUUAAACGGAUGUUGGCAGAGCUGCGGUUCUUACUAGGGGCCUGAGCAGAGGCUGGGCGAAGAGAAC